AUGGCGGCAGCGGACCUGCUGAUUGCCAUCCUGGACCUGAUACUGAGACACAUCCCCAUUGUCUAUUGGGAGCAUUUCCUCUACGUUCAGUCGAUCCCCAUCUGCAACAUCCACGCCGUCCUGCUCUUCGCCGCCACAGACUGUUCUGUUUGGUUUACCGUCACUUUCACCUUCGACCGCUUCGUCGCCAUUUGUUGCCAGAAGCUCAAAGGCAACUAUUGCACCGAGAGAACGGCGGCGAUUGUUCUCGGGACGGUUACUGUGCUGAGCUGUGUGAAGAACAUUUUCUGGUACUUUAUGUUGACUGGUCGAUAUUUGCUGAUGACCCAUCCUUGGUUUUGUGCUGUGGAGCAAAAGUUUUAUUCCUCAGAGGUCUGGGCAGCAAUUGAGCUUAUUCAUUAUAUAUUCACGCCGGCAGUCCCAUUCGCCAUUAUCCUGUUGCUCAACUGUUUAACCGUUCGGAACAUCGUGGCUGCGAGCAGAGCCCGCAGGAGACUCCGGGGUCAAAAUAAUGUGGACUGUGGUCAGCGUCCCAGGGACCCGGAGAUGGAGAGCCGAAGGAAAUCCAUCAUUUUGCUACUCGUCAUUUCCGGCAAUUUUAUAGCCCUGUGGUCAUUGUACGUCGUGUACGCUCUCUGCAAUCGAGUGGUGUUGCUGGGCUACAAGUCUGCGGACGUCAACAUUUUUGUGGAGCAGAUUGGAUUCAUGCUGCAGCUUCUUAGCUGCUGCACCAACACCGGCAUUUAUGCCGUGACCCAAACUAAGUUCAGAGAGGAAGUACGGAAAGCGGUUGCACGACCCUUCUCUGUACUUGCGCGAUGCGUUAAAUAA